GCAUUUCGACCGCUGCCCCUCCAUUCUCAUGCAAUGGACUAUUCCAUGUUACUGCACAUGUGCAAAAUGAUUCAGGAAGACAACAACAAAACAAAGUUGUUGGCGCGGCAAAAAAGAGGAGAAGGCGAGUGGAAAACAAACAGCUUUUAUCAAAACUACCCAAGGUUUCAACCUUUUUCAUAGUCACGAGUACAGCAGCAACGCUACUGUCGGUGUCAGCCGAGGAGAAUGUAUAGAGAUGAAGCAUAGAGUGACACUUUUCGUCACAAAAAUGGGGCAGCCGCAAGUAUACCAAACCUUGGCGAGACGAAGAAGACGACGCGCUCAGAAAUUGAAAUUUAAAUGUGCUAUUUUAACUUGUAGCUGAAUGCUUUGUUCCAUUUUUUUUUACAGCUUUUAUAAUGUCGAACGACAUAGAAGGGACGAGUAUUUCUCCACCGAAGCGCUUUGGUCAGUGUGCUUACACAGCCGAGGAGCAGCAGGCUGUGCAUAAUGCACUGCGACAAAAGCUGGGGCCUGAGUUUAUCAGUACCAGAGUGGCUGGAGGAGGACAGAAGGUGUGCUACAUCGAAGGCCACCGUGUGAUCAGCCUGGCCAAUGAGAUGUUUGGCUAUAACGGAUGGUCCCACUCCAUCUCGCAGCAGAAUGUCGACUUUGUCGACCUCGUCAACGGGAGGUUUUACGUCGGCGUCAGCGCCUUUGUCAAAGUGCAGCUGAAGGAUGGCUCAUUCCACGAGGAUGUAGGCUAUGGAGUCAGCGAGGGGCUUAAGUCUAAAGCUUUGUCACUGGAGAAAGCAAGAAAGGAAGCCGUUACUGAUGGCAUGAAGAGAGCGCUCAAGUGCUUCGGGAACGCCCUUGGAAACUGCAUCCUUGACAAAGCAUACCUGCAGGCGAUCAACAAGAUCCCCAAGCAGCCGCUUCCCGCUCUAGACCUGGCCCACACCAAACGCUCUGAAAGUGAGCCGUCACUGGAGAAGGCCCGCUUCUGUAGCCUGGUACAGGAGGCCAAGCUCGUGCCCGCCGCGGGCCCCAGCGUCACCUCACUGGAGCCAAGAGUCAUCAACCAGAGAGCGACCUUGUCAGAAACUCACACUCCUAACGCUGGACCUAGUGGAGAAAUGAAAAGCGAAGACUCCAGGGAAACUGUGGACGUGGUAGUGUCCGAGGCGCACAUGGACCCCAAACAGCUGCGCAAGAUGCGACAACAGCAGCUGCAGCAGAAGUUCAGGAGAGAGAUGGAGGCCAAGAGGCUACAGCAGAACACCCAUCAUUCCACCAAGGCUGAGACCACUGAUGCGGUCCCCAUUAGGCAUGCGUCCAGCGGAGGACCAACUGCAAAAAACGCUGGUGAGCAUACUCCUGAAUUGAGUGUUGACUCGGCAGCAGGAUGCAGAGAGCAGCUUGUAGCAGAUGAUCCAGAUUUCUGGAAUUUCACUCUGGAAGGAAUCGAGGAGCUGGGCGUCCCCACAGGCGGUGGAGUGCCACCCUCCAGGGGUCUCAGGCCCAGCACGCCCAGAAGCCACAAGAUGCAGACACGCAGCAGGACGCCACAAAUGAACUCUGAUAGAUGUCCAGAGGCAUCGUACAGCAUGGGACAGGGCGGGGUUCAGUACAGACAUCAGCUCCAGCCCAACCAACAUCAAUCUAGACCAGGUGAAGCAGUAAGUCCUUACCGACCAGGACAGUCCAUGAAGAAACGCAGACUGGAUACUUAACUUCACUUGAUUUUUAUGCUGGUCACUGAUUUUCUCUCAAAGUUGGUAAAGUUUUUUUCUUAAUAAUAAAACCUGCACUUUAUAAUUAUGGUCAAUAACUUAUGCAGUUAGUUGCCAAGUCACCUCUGUGGCCCUGUAAAGAUGUUUUUCCAGCUACCAAAUUUCAUGGUGAUUCGGCAAAACCUCCUGAAGUUGCAGUGGCUGUUUUUUGUAGAGUGCAUUGAGCUGUGUGAGAAAUGUGACAGGAGCGCACAGUACCUUGUCAGGAUUUGCUGUGGGGGGUCCACAUUUUUUAUAAUUGAAAAAGACCACCAUUAGAGCAGACGGGCAAUUUAACUGAUAUUUUAUUUGUUUUUACAUUUUGUACAAUGUGAAAAACAUACACAAAAACCAGACACUGAAUCACAGAAAGUCCAUAAGAUGGGGAAAGAGCCGAGUAGAAUUGUCAGUAGCCUCACGUGUGUUUUUGUUGUUUAUAGAGAGGUUGUUAACUGAUUUUUUUUAAGCUUGUGCUAUACAGUGGCCAUCAAGAUUUGAACACCAGUGACGCUGGCAUGCAGAAAAUAUAGUAUACGUUGCUGCUGCUAUUUCAACUUGUGCGCGUGACAUUGGCAGAAAUGAAAAAACCAUGAUGACCCUGAAAGGCAAACAAUUCUAAUAGUAUUCCCAUAUCAAAAAACAUUUAAGUCAGUAACCCUCAUCAGCAUGCAAAUGACUCCAUCAACCCUCCAUCCUUAUAAAACUUUGCAUAUUCUGCAUUGCAGGAACGUAUUUUUUUUCUCUAGAGAAGUUUUAACUAGUCAUCCAAACUACGCGCCUCAGUGAAAUGGGAUAAUGGUAAAUCCACACAAAAAAAGCCAGCCAAAAGCACACUAGUAUGAGCCAAAUAGAAGGGUGAUUGCACAACCAGAACAACGUGCUGCAGCCUUCUGACAUUUACAAAUUGUUCAUUCACAUUGUGCACUGGGAUGGGGGGAAGGGGGAGCAUGGGUUCUCUGCACUGUUUGGGAGGAGAUGUGGGUCGUGGAACUUGUCAUUAGUGAGGAUGCAAGGCACUAAAGUGUUCCUCAUGUUUUACAGGUUAAGAGUGCAUGUGCCACAAGCGUUCUCUAGUCAAAAAGCAGGUAGCUCACAUUAAACUAUGUACAAUAAAAGUAGAAAAAAAAGACAAGGUGAGUGGGGUUGGCUGAGGGUGCGGAAGGAAGGUUGGGCAGGGCAGUCACAGAUAGAGCUUCAUUUACAGCAGGAUUACUCCUGUGUUGGAGAGUACAUAAUAGAGAAACAACCACCCUGCAAUUGCACUUUUUAUAUUCCAUUAACUACAUGUUGUUUAACAACCUUUUCAUAAUAAUUACAGUGAGACAACAUCAAAAUCUGAUGGCUGAAUACAGGUCCAUAAAGAACAUUUUGUUUAUUUAAAUAGACGCAUACAAAAAAAAAAAAGACCACAGAAAAAAGAAGGGAACCCCACUAAUGUGACAGCAAUGAGAGGAAACGUGUAAGCCAGGGGUGUCCAAAUUUGGGUCCAAUUCGAGGGCCGCAUACAGAAAAUUUGACGAGCAGGAGCCUAUUUUGAUGUUCUUUACCGUUUAUUUAUUAAACAGGAUAAAACCAAUUCAAUGUAGAAACAUUUAAGAAAUUCAGCCUACAUCUCAGCCAUUCAUCUAUUUUCUAUACAUGGGGAUGUCAUAUUUGUAAUAGCACGCGCAAAAAACCCACGCAAGCACUGGGAGCUCCACACAAAUUGUUCCGUCGGAGAUCUGCGAGGCUCACACGCUCACCACUAGGCCACUGUGCGGCCCACCGUUGCAUUAGUGUGAUACAUCAUGACAUUUAAUAUUGUAACAUUACACCUUAAUUUUUUUUUCGUUCUACGGACCAUUAAAAAAAGCCCCCCUGCUGUACUUUGGACACCCCUGAUGCAAGCUAACCAUCUUGUAGGCUGACUAGUGUGUCACAACACGAUACCUUCUAAUAAACCGGAACUACGUUCACUUCAGUUGAUCCUAGAAUGAUGUGGCUUCAUGUGUAACUAACGUGGGAUCCUUUGCAAGUUUCAAUUCAAGUGUAACCCAACAAAUAAAAAUGACCCCCUCCUCCCUACCACCAAGCCAGACUGAUCUACAGCAGCAUCACCUCCUCCGCCUCCUUGUGGUGCUCAACACCAGGAUGCUUAAAAAAAAAAAAAAAAAAAAGUCUGAACAUCAGAAGUAGUGGAAGAAUGAGUUGAAUAUUCAAUGGGUGUGUAAAAAAAAAAACAACAAAAAAAAAAACAGACUUGUCACACGGACAUAAAUAAUAUGUCAAAUACCUAUGCACAACGUGUAAAUGUCUUUAGGGAAUAAGGCCACAGAUCCAAAAAGGGGCAGUUGAAUUAUUGCAUUGACUCUGACCAGGUAGCCACUGGGAUGUUUUCUUUUUAUAUUGCAACCUAUCACACUCCUGCUAAACUUACUAAGUCUUCCUUCUCCUCUUACACCUUCGACUUUCCUCUCUCUGACGCAACGUAACCUCCUGUCCCACAAGCAGGUCAGUAUUUAUUUUAGUUUUUGUAUUUUAUUGUGGUGACAUAACCAGUGAUCCAACGGUACUCUGUCCCAGUUUGGCUUGGAAUGACAACAUACGCCUUGCCCUCCAUGACAAUAUAAAGACAUCUUUGGCUGCUGGUGGUUGUUGGUUACAUGACGCCAUGCAACCAACCAGCUCCUCGUCACAGCUCAAUUUCACAGCUAAUGGCGGGCUAAGUGUGACGCGCAUACGCUGCGGAUGUGUAUUGCACGCUCCCCGACGGCCCCGGCAGACUUCAAAUCAGCCUGAGAGGACCCGAAGCACACAGGCAACAUGUAAUAAUAGUAGUAAUAAUAAUAAUCAAUAAUAAUCAUAAUAAAUUUGGGAAAAAAAAGCACACAUCUUCCCAUGUGUGCUUUUUGCCCCUGUAUGACUGGAUUACGUCGGCCUCAAGUUUGAGCUUCCCGGGCUGACUGACUUCUGGGUGGCCUGUGUGGUCCCCAUGUGGUACCCUUGGUGCAGAGACACUGGGGCAGUCAUAGGUGGCUGGUACUGCGUGAGCGGCUGGGCAGGGUUGCGCAUGCUGACCUGGCAGUUGCCUGUGGGUCCUGCCCACUGAGAAGCGCUGUACGGGGCCGAGGCGUAACCAAACCCCUGAGCUACCGGGCCCAGAGAACCUUUGCGGGGGCCCAGAGGG